UGUGUGUGCGUCUGUGUGUGUGAGUGCGUGCGAGUGUGUGCGAGUGUGCGUGUGUAAGUGUCGUUAUGCUGUCAUCUAUUUGCAUAGCUACAUGCACAGACAAACGAAAAUUGUUUGCUCUCUGAAAGUUUAUCGACUAAUGUUGCAGUAAACACUGAAAAGCAGUUAGCGCAUCAAAAACCAACAACAAAGGCAAGAGGCAAGAGGCAGCUCGUUUGGCAACCAGUACAAAAGUAUGCAGCGAAAAAUUGCAUUGUCUGUCAAGGACAAAACAAAACACCCUGCCAUGUAGCGACUGGUGUCUCGUCUGCCUGUGUGCGUGCCUGCGUGCGUGCGUGCGUGUGUGUGUAUGCGUGUGCGUGUGUAUGUGUGUGUGUGUACUUUAAGCGAAAGGGUAUCAAAAUCAUCGAGACACGAAACUAGCUCAAACAUUCAAGAACACCAAAAACGGACGAGCAGAAUCGCACGAACAACAACGCAGCCUGCAGCUAAACAACAGCAGCAACAACCCCAGACAGGGUAAGGCGAACCACCCCAAUCGACAUUUGGCGCCAGUUGGACAACAUCGUGGCCACCAUGUGGUUUCAUGCUUCAGCAAUGCUCCGUCUAUUUCCAAUACUUUUCGCUCUGCUGCGGCUGCCCGUUCAAGUCAGAGCCCGAUUCUGCGAGGGCGGGCACAUCUGUUCGCUGCCUCGGGAAUGCUGCACCCAGGGCUGCUGUCCCCCCUAUCAGAGCGGACCGAGGCAGCUGCCACCGCCAUCGGAGCACGUACUGAACCUGUUCUUUAUCAGCCACUGGUUCUUUUGGUGCGUCGUGGUGGCCGUGAUCUUAGCUAUACUCUGUGCCUACUCGCUAUGGAAGAAGCGGCGCACACUGUGCGGCUGGGGCUUCACGGAGCAUCACACCCAGUCCGAGGGGGACUCGGCCGGCUCGUGCUACGCACCGCCGCAAUACAGUCGCUGCAACUCGUUCCACCAUCCGCCGCCGCCGUACACUGAGGUCACCUCAAAGCCGGAUCUCUAUCCGCUCGUCUUCACGUGCAACAACGAAAACAGCAAAGGCAAUGCCGGCUCCAGCUAUCUGAUGGUGCAAUACUUUCGCAAUUAUAUUGUGCGUCCGGCGGGCUCCCUGAGCGCCGCCAGCACCGUGGACUCGCUCAGCUCGAGCUUCAUUUGCAACAUCAACGAGGCCAACACACUGGUGCCGCCGCCCUACUCCCGGGCCGCCAGCCCCGAGCUGGGCCUGCACUAUGGCGCCAACAGAGAGCCGCCGCCCAACUCCCAACUGGCGGCGCCACAAUACGGCCUGCCACGCUCCGCGUCCCAGCUGGUCGAGCCGGAGUACCAGCCGCGUGCCCACUAUGCGACCGUUGCGCUGGACAGGAAUGUGGGGCUCGGCGCUGGCACGGCCCACUACAGCACACGGCUGCACAGCUCGCACAGCGGACACUUCUCGCCAGACGAGUCCGGCAUGGACUCGACCGGGCUCGUGCAUGUGCCCGGCGUUGGCGGCGGGUUCCUGCAAUCGCAGAGCGACCAGCAUUUCCGCUACAUGGCGAACAGUCGCAGUAGCCUCAGUGAUAUUUUUGUGAACAACAGCUGCGCGGCGGGCUUCGGUGCGGCGGCAGCCAACGACGCCGGCGGCAUCGCGAGUGGCGUCGCCACGCAAGCGACUUCUCUGUGCAGCCUGGCGCUGGCUGCCGGCGGCACGCCGGUCAUGUACAACAACGGCUGCAUUCAAUCGAAUCCGCUGCACAGCCUGGAGAACUGCUGCCAGCCGGGCAGCACCGUGUCGGGCGUGAGCAGCCUCUCCAACAUUGGCACGCCCGGAUCGCCGCCACAGGCGACCAGCCCGACGGGCGAGGUGCGCGAGAUACUGGAUCAGAUUAGCAAGCUCCAAGCGGACGUCAGCUAUGAGCAGCUGCUGCUGGCCAAGCCGCAGCUGGCACAGCAUGGGCUGGCCAAGCCGUUGGCUCGACCCGCCACAUUGCAGCAUCAGCAGCAUGCGGCGGCCACAUCGACGUCAACCACGCCCACAACCGCAACGCCCAGCAGAGCCAAGAAGUUCUAUGCCUCGAAGCCGCCCAACAAGGCGCUCUACAUACCGAUGGCCGUGGUGGCGCCGCCAGCUGCCCAACGCUGUGUGCUCAAAAGUCCCAUUAGCAGCGUGGUUAGCGGCGCUAACUUUUUCGUGAACCGCGGACGGGUCGCCCGCAAGGGCUGGAUAUCGCGCUCGGCGCCCACAACACCGGGCAGCGGCCUGCCGCCCAAUCGCCUGGGCGACGACAGUCCCCUGCUCAACGAGCACGACGAGGACGCCAUCGAGGACGAAGACCAAAGCCAAGACGAUCAACUCGAAUAAUGCGCGGCGCCCAAGCAGCUCAAGCGACUCCAGAUGUAGGCUUUUAAUCGAAACGCAGCUUCGUAGGUCGUCGGACAUCAAGGUGCCAAAAAAUACCAAAAAAAUACUAAAAAAGGGUUCUCCUCAGAGCAGACAACUUCGACUAAUGCUUGAAGAAGUUUUACGUAUAAAUCAAAGAAGAGUUUCAAAUAAAAGUUGCUUUUAGUCAGAGCUCUGAAGGCCCAGCAGUAUUAGGGAUAUUCCCUUUGCAGUAUUUCGAGUUGUUUUUCAUUCUUAUUUUUUUGGUAUUUUUUUUGGUAUUUUUUGGCAAAUUGAUCAAAAUGCACAAUUGAAAAUGGUUUACGAACCCAUUUGUUUAUGUAUAUUUAGAUAGACAAUUCAACAACAACAAAAUAUUGGCUAAUAACUGUAAUUAAUUAGGCUUCGAUCUGCUCUUGGUCGCCGCCGCCGCCGCUUCCAAUGGCCGAACGUGUUCCUAUGGCACAACAAACAU